UUUGUCCCAAGGAGUACAGAUAAAUAGUCCUGUCAAAGGGCGCAGCUCGCGGCUGCACUUCUGGAUCCGGAGUCAAGUUCAGAGCCCCAGGCUGGAGGGUCAGCGGCCAAUCGCGCCGGCUUCAGGCGCCCAGCUCAUUGGGGAGCCGCAGUGCCACCGGCCCGGGUCUCCGGUACUCCUCUGAGUUCUCCCACGCCCCAUCCUCUUCCCGGGAGCGGAAGCCGGAGACGUCGAGACUGGCCGGGGCGGAGGAAGGCGGGCGCGCGUGGGCGCCGGGGACUAGGCGAUGUCCACCGGCUCGGUGAGUGACCCCGAAGACAUGGAGGUGCGAGGGUUGCAGCGAGUCUACCCGGUCCCGAUCUCCAAGAAACCGCCUCUGCACAGCGCCGAGCGCGGCUACGCCUCGCCCAGCGACAAUUCUUCCGCGGAGGAGGAGGACCCCGACGGCGAAGAGGAGCCACGCUCUUUGGGAGCCGCGGGCGUCCCGGGGGGCUGCAAGAGGAAGCGGCCCCGGGUGGCCGGCGCCGGCGGCGGCGCAGGUGACGGUGCAGGUGGCGGUGCUAGCGGCGGUGGUAAAAAGCCGCUCCCGCCCAAGGGCUCGGCCGCGGAGUGCAAGCAGUCGCAGAGGAACGCCGCCAACGCCCGCGAGCGCGCCCGGAUGCGCGUGCUGAGCAAAGCCUUCUCCAGACUCAAGACCAGCCUGCCCUGGGUGCCGCCCGACACCAAGCUUUCGAAACUGGACACGCUGCGCCUGGCUUCCAGCUACAUCGCGCACCUGCGCCAGCUGCUGCAGGAGGACCGCUACGAGAACGGCUACGUGCACCCGGUGAACCUGACGUGGCCAUUCGUGGUAUCUGGACGACCGGACUCUGACACCAAAGAUGUUUCUGCAGCCAACAGACUCUGUGGAACUUCCGCUUAGAUGGACAGCAACUCCGCUGAUGGAUUAUGUUAAAUGCGAAGGACUGGAUCGGGGAGGUCCCAUUGGAUUCCGGACGUCUCCUUUCCCUGGACCUGCGAACCGGACGGGCGACUGCCCUCGUGGAGCACAGGUGGCCAUGGCUGCUGUGGAUCAGCGCAACUGUAGCCAAAGAGAACCUGGUUUCCGUGGGAAGAACUCGCGAACUAAAUCCAACCUGGGACAUUAGCUCUAAGCACAAACCCACGCCAGCCAUCUGAGUCCACUGCAGAAACAGGAGGAGUUGGUUUUUAAGCUAGUGUCGAUUUUCCCUGUGGUUGAUGGCUAGGUCCUGAGCAGCCAGGUCCUUCUCUGGGUGGUUGAGCGCUCUUUCCCAGCGCUAGAAAGGCAAGGCCUUGGUGUUAGAGCCCAGCAGGGGCCUCUUUCUAAGUUUCUGAGGACAGUGGUGUACUCCCAUCAAGCAGCUAUCCUUUAGUAGCGGUAUGGGACGAGAUGGAGAUAUAUACUACCAGAAACUGGUUUUGCCCUCAAUCCCUCAGGGUUGGGAUCCACUUCCCGAGCUCCCUCAACUGUCUGAUCAGUGUUGGGACAGCCUGGCCUCCUAGUGGUCUCCACUCAGUGAGCCCAGCUGGAUUAUUUGAGUCUCCGGUCUCCUUCCCACCCACACUGUCCCCUGAAGUCUUAUCUGACUGCCCAUUUUGGGACAUGCACUUCAAGACCCCUUUAAUCAGGUCAUCCCUGCCACAGCACAGCCUCCUGCGGGGCUCAUGUUCUUCCAGGCACCCACUAUUCUUCCUGGUCCAAGGACUGAGCAUGGUGGGGGGCUGGGGCUGGUCUCUACCCACUGACCUGCUGGUUUCUACCCAGUGCACGGUGCUUAGUGAUCCUGGCGAGACUGU